UAUCACUGUUUCUUUUCCUUUCAGGUUUUGCGAGUCUCCCUCCAGCGACCCGGAGAUGCCAAGUGGGCGUGGCCGAGGCAAACGAAUGCGAUUGGCUAUCUCUGAGCGCCCCUGUGUGGAACCCCUCCCGGUCUCCAAGGUCCGGGGCCUAUCACAGCACAGGAGCAGGGGAGGGGGCGUGACCGGAGCCUCGGGGCCGAUCCACAGCAAAGGGCGGAGAGGCAGUCUGAACCUCAUGAACAGCAGCUGUCGGGCUCCUCCGUCCUUCUUCUCGGUGGAGGAGGUGAAGCCGGCCAGCAGCACCACCCUCUCCUCCACCCUCUCCGUCCCCGGGAAGAGGAAGGUGAAGCCCCCUGGGGACCUGGACCUUAGCCUGCUCGCCUCCGACGACAACAAACUGGGUAACGGCAAGCGGAUCCGAGCCAAGGCCCGCAGCGCACCGUCCACGCCCCAGGGGAAGGCUGACCCCUCCUUCAUGGACCCUGGGGGGGGCUGCACCUCCUCCUCACCCCCCCCUCCCAUCCUCAUUGACUGCCCCCACCCCAACUGCACUAAGCGCUACAAGCACAUCAACGGGCUGCGCUACCACCAGACCCACGCUCACCUGGAGGUCGGAGGGCAGAAGAAGCCAGAGCUGGAGUCCCUGAAGGACCCUGAGGGGGGGGAGCGCCUGUCGGACUGUGAGGACGCCCUGGGCAGCAGGACCUACCACACCUCGGAGGCUAGCAGCACUAAUAGCAACAGUGCUAACGGCAGCAGCGCUAACGCUAGUGGCGCUAAUGCUAGCAGUGCUAACACUAGCGGCGCUAACGCUAGCAGCGCUAACACGAGUGGCCUGAGCUCCACAAAGAAGGCUGCACCGCUCUACAAGGUGACCACACUGGGUUCUCCGAAGAACCGGAGACUGCUCCUGAGCACCGACACGGCCAAAACCAGGAGGACCUCGCUGCUCCGAGACGGGCUCAAUGACGACCUCAGCAACCUGCCCAUCAUCUCCAACAUGACCGUGGUCUUGGAGAACUGCAUGGUCCCCGACCGCAGCACCACCGUGGAGAUGCCCAAACUGGAGGCAGAGGGUUUGAUUGACAAGAAGGGCGGAGUUAGUGACAAAGGGAAAAAGGCCAAUGGGAAAGCAGAGAAGCUCUCCAAGUCCCGGGCCAACCGCCCCAUCGCUCCGGCCCCGCCACCCCCUAAGCUCAUCGCCGUCCCCAGCCUAACUAACCCUAACUCUGUGUACAACACCAGCAGCUCAGGCAGCCCCAGCCCAGCAGAACCCCACCCCACUAACACCCAGCACCCUCACCAGCCCCCGCCCACACAGCCGCCCACCACCCUGGUCCCCGGGGGUCCCAGCUCUAAGAACCCCCCCCUCACCACUCUAAAGCCCAUCAAGCCAAAGCUCGGUCUUACGGAUCCGUGUUUGGGGAAAACCGCCUUGGUGCCCAGCAGCAAGGAAACCCGGAAGAAAGAGAAACGGAGACUUAAGGACAAACACAGCAGAGACCUGGACAGGACCUCCAGCGGGGAGGCUGGGGUCAAGGCGGAGGACUGUGGCGGCGCUGGGGGACCCAAACUGGCAGCCAGAGAAGCUCCUGGGAGCCUCCUGAAGGAGCACCUCAGUAAACAGGAGGUGGUGAAUGGUCUGACAGGAAGCCAGGAGAGCAGGAUGGCCAGCAUCCGGGCGGAGGCCGAUAAGGUGUACACCUUCACGGACAACGCCCCCAGUCCGUCCAUCGGCACGUCCCUGCGCCUGGAUGCCGGUAGCGGGAUUGGCUCACCAGAUGGUGACAGCAAGAACAACAGCCCCGCCUACUCCGAUAUCUCAGAUGCUGGGGACGAUGGGGGGGCUGUCGAAUGUCGGUCCGACUGUCCACGAUCCAAGUCAGGCCCUCCUUCCUCUUCCUCCUCCUCCUCCUCCUCCUGCUCCUCCUCCUCCGAUGAGACGCCCAACAGUCACCAUGGAAACCUUAGCAACAACCACCAGGGGAACGCCAGCAAGACCCCUCCCGCAGCAUCCAACCCGCUGUCAAAAGACUCUCAGUACUACCAGGGCUACGACUCCUACUACCUCCAGGGGUUCAUGCAGAGCGACCGGCAGAACCACUGCGGCCCCGCCUCCCACAAGGGCGUUGACGUCAAGGCAAAGGAACGGAAGGAGGACCUGAAGGAGGAGGAGCCAGUGGACUCUAAGAAGGCGGAGGGCUGCGGUCAGUCCCAGCUGCAGCUGGCCAUGAGUCAGACCCAGACCGCCCUGGCCCAGUCGCUGUACUACGGCCAGUACUCCAGAGCGCUCUACUCCCACCACAAACUGUUGCUGGGCAACAAGUGCUGCGACCAGGCACUCGGUGGCGCUAAGCAACGGUCGGACCGCGGGCCGGCGGGCCCCGGCCGGGAAGGGGAGGACGGGAAAUACGCAUCAGCAGGGUCAGGAGGAGCGUCUGUGCCGGCCCAAGGGGGGGACGCUACGAAGGGCUGCUGCUCUAAACCCGCACCGUCCUACGCGGAGAAGGGCGAACGAGGGGAUCGGGGGGAGAGGGCCGAGCGAGGGCAGCUGAGCAGCAUACUGGACCAACAGCCCGGCACCGUCAAGGCCUCCUCCUCCUCUUCGUCACUUCACAACCCAAACACUCCGACAGAUCUGGACUCAAAUGGUUCCUACUCCAGUCCCCCAGACAGCCUCGGCUGGGCGUACAGACGGCCAAGAUGCAAACAGCCCCAUUAUCCUCUUGGUCUCCACGGCAACCAGCCAGAGGAAGGGGAGGCGGACCAGACCAAGGAAUGGCGAGCUACCCUGGAGCCAGUCGGAGCCAAGAUGGCCACCAUCGGGGGAGGCGGAGUUAGAGGAGGAGAAAGGGGUGGGGCCCAACAUGCCACACCCAUCAGUGAAGCGGAGGAUGCUGAGCGAUUGGAGGGGGAGGAGGUGAUAGGCGAGGAGCCAAUAGGAGGGCUGUGUGAGGAGUCGCAGAGCGCCCGGGCAGCGGUGUCCCCCCCCCAGCAGGCCUACCUGCCCUACCAGCAGGCCCCAUACCCCCCUUACCUGGCCCUGACGCGGUCCUCACAAGGCAUGUCUCCAAACAUGGCCCACAGCUACCCUGGUUUCCACUACCCGCUAUACGGUAAGACCGCAGGGCGGGACGACCCCGAGGGGACCAAUCACACAGAGCCGUCCAGCCUGGAGCUCCACCCACCCAGCCUGCUCAGCCAGGGCAAGUCCCCCGCCCCGGGGGAGAAGGGCUCCCCUGAGAGAGAGAGGGAGUUGGAGCGAGAGAGGAACCAGGUGUCCUUUGGCCGCCACCUCCACACCCACCACCACACCCACCUGGGAGUGAGCUACAGCCUGCUGUCUGCCCCGUACGACGUCUACCAAGGUUUGAGUUCCAGAUCCCUGGUCACCAAUCAGGUCACGGGACAGUCCCCUACUGAGUCCCAGGGGAAGAACUAGUGCCAUGUGACCCGAGCGGACAUUAUCAGAACUAGGGUCAUGUGACCCGAGCGGACAUUAUCAGAACUAGGGUCAUGUGACCCGUGCGGACAUUAUCAGAACUAGGGUCAUGUGACCCGAGCGGACAUCAUCAGAACUAGGGUCAUGUGACCCGAGCGGACAUCAUCAGAACUAGGGUCAUGUGACCCGAGCGGACAUCAUUAGAACUAGGGUCGUUAGACCAUUAGUUCCCUGAUGUUGAACAAACAUUCCCUCUUUCAGAUCAGAAGACAAACAUGUACUUUUAAUCGUUGUUAUUUCUACUGACGACUGGUUUAUAACGUGAAGAGAAGCAGGCAGAGGUGACUUGUUUGAGUUGACAAAGGAAGAAAGACGGAACCCAAUAGCUGAAGACCGCUGGGCACCGUGUAGUGACCCCAUGAUCCAGCCUCCCUGCUGGCGGGUUAGGGUUAGGGUAACCCUAACCCUAACCCUAACCUCACAUCAGAUGAAGAGUGAUGUCAGUGUGAUGUCAAAGGGUUGAAUGUACCCCAGAGAGGCGAGAAAAUCCUUACUAUCAUUCUGAUUAUUCUAAUUAUUAUUCUUAAUUAAUUAUUAGUAUAACAUUAUACUAAUAUUAUUCUAGUAUUACCGAAGCGGCCCUGUCCGCCAUGUAUUACUAAUAAUCUGUACUUGGGUGUUACCAUGUUGAUUGUAUUGUCUUUAUGUGAAAGUAAACCUUUCAUCCGGACGCCUGGAGCCACCAGCCCUGUAUAUUCUGUAUAGAUUCACACUUAAACAGCCAUCUGUGGUCAACUCUUCUGGACCAGUUGUUUCCAACUCUAGUCUAACCCUGCUACAUGCUUUUAACUCUGUUUUAACCCUGCUACAUGUUUUAACCCUGGUUUAACACUGCUACAAACUUUAAACCCUGGUUUAACCCUACAACAAACUUUAAACCCUGUUGUAACCCAGCUACAAACUUUGAACUCUGGUUUAACCCUGCUACAUGUUUGUAACUCAAGUUUAACCCUGCUACAUACUUUAAACUCUAGUUUAAAGACCAGCUCUAUCAAACAUACCAGAUGUUCGAAACCAUGCCACGCUUUUAACUUUAGUUUAACCAUUACAGAUGUUUCAAACUUUAGUUGAACCAUACCAGAUGUUUAAAACCAUACCAGAUGUAUAAAGCCAUUCGAGAUGUCCCAGGCAUCAGGACCUCUGGAAUGACCCUCAUCCUAACCAUGACCUUUGGAAUGACCCUCAUCCUAACCCUGACCUUUGGAAUGACCCUCACCUUAACCAUGACCUUUGGAAUGACCCUAAACCCAUAAAUGUUAGGGCAAAAGUGUGAGUCACCUCUGUUGGUGUCCAACAACAGAUCACAUGAUGUGUCUUUUGUAAUAAAAGCAUGGAACACUCCCCCUGUAUUUUAGCGCUUACGUAAAUUACUAAAGCUAUGGGCAACAUUACCGCCAUGCUAAAGCUAUAGUAGACACUGAUGCUAAAGCUAUAGUAGAGACAGAUGCCAAAGCUAUAGUAGACACUGAUGCUCAAGCUAAGUUUAACCUUCUUCCAGAGCUCUGUGACCAAAGCACAACUCAGACAAACAUAUGAAGAGUUCUUACAUGUAGAAAGUAAAACUGGUUUGAACAGGAAAUGGAACAACUAUACUGAUUCAUCAGCUAAACCAAGCCUGUCCCUAUCCCUUACCCUACCUUUACUAACCCUAACCCUGACCCUGAUCCUAACCCUGACCCUAACCCUGACCCUGAACCUAUCUCUAACCCUGACCCUAACCCUGACCCUAACCCUGACCCUGACCCUAACCUUGACCCUAACCCUGACCCUAACCCUGACCCCUCCCUCCAGAGCGUUGGUCCCGCCCCCAUAGCGUUUGCCCCUCCCCCAAGAGCGUUGGUCCCUCCCUCCAGAGCGUUGGUCCCUCCCUCCAGAGCGUUGGUCCCUCCCCCCAGAGUGUUUGUCCCGCCCCAAAAAGCGUUUGUCCCUCCCUCCAAAGCGUUGAUCCCGCCCCCAUAGCGUUUUUCCCUCCGCCAAAGCAUUGGUCCCUCCCCCCAGAGUGUUGGUCCCUCCCCCCAGAGCGUUGGUCCCUCCCCCCAUAGCGUUUUUCCCUCCCUCUAGAGCGUUGGACCCUCCCCCAGAGCUUUGGUCCCGCCCCCCCAUAGCGAUUGUCCCUCCCCCAGUCUCGCCCCCUCAUGCUCCCCAAGGGAUCGGCACUCAAUUAUUGACCAAAAAUGUACUUUUGUUUUGUUAUUUGCAAAGAUUGUGAAGUAUUCCAGAGUGUUUGUUUGUGUGUUUGUGUGUGUGUGUGUGUGUGUGUGUGUGUGUGUGUGUGUGUGUGUGUGUGUGUGUGUGUGUGUGUGUGUGUGUGUGUGUGUGUGUGUGUGUGUGUGUGUGUGUGUGUGUGUGUGUGUGUGUGUGUGUGUGUGUGUGCGUGCGUGCGUGCGUGUGUGUGUGUGUGUGUUCCCGGAUAAAAGGUUUGUAAAAUUGUACCCUGCUAAGGUUAGUCAUGCUGUCCAACAGAGACACACAGGAAGGGUUAGGGUUAGGGGUGUACCACCACAGCACUUAGUUCACUAAGCAUCACAAGCUCUCCCCCUGCUUCCAACCACAGCCCACCCAAAUGUCUCUCCGUCUCCCCGCUAUCUCUCCCCCCUCUUCCUCUCUCUCCUCUCUCUCCCCCUCUCUCUCCUCUCUCUCUCUUCCCCCGCUCCCUCUCUCUCCCCCCUCUUCACCUCCCUCCCUCUCUCUCCUAUCUGCCCCUCUCCCUCUCUCUCUCUCUCUCUCUCUCUCUCUCUCUCUCUCUCUCUCUCUCUCUCUCUCUCUCUCUCUCUCUCUCUCUCUCUCUCUCUCUCUCUCUCUCUCUCUCUCUCUCUCUCUCUCUCUCUCUCCCCCUCUCUCUCUCUCUCCUCUCUCUUCUUCCUCUCCCUUUCUCUCCUCUCUCUCUUCUCCCUCUCUCUCCCCCUCUCUUUCUCUCCCCCUAUCCUCUCUCUCCUCUCUCUUCUCCCUCUCCCUCUCUCUUCCCCUCUCUCUCUCUCUCUCUCUCCCCCCCCCUCUUCACCCCCCUCUCCCCCUCUCUCCCUCUGUAGUGCUGGAUGACCCUCUACCAGCUGCUCUGCUGUAUAUACGGCUGCCUUCAUUUGAGAGACCAACAGUACACAAUAGUGCAUCUGAUCUUGCCCAGACUUCCUAAGUAUUUCUGAUUCUGAUAGUACAUCUAGUUGUUCAAGCCUAACUAGUUCCUUGGGUUUCAUUUCAACGGUUGUAACUUUGGACCACUCUCAAACCAAACCCUGCCCAUCCUAUAUCCAUGGUGGUUUUCUUCCUUGAAUAUAAAACUCUGUUUACAAGGUAUAUGUCAUCCUUAGGGAGACAGUGUUGUCUAUGAAAGCUGCUUUUUCCACCUCACGGUGUGUUGACUUAUUAACUAUGAAAACGUAUUAACAUGAAACCUGCUGUUGCUUUUUUAUACUGUAUAUGCCUUAAUUCAUAUGUUUGGCAAUCAUGAUUAAAGAAUGUUUAUAUAUA